AUGAGUUUUAUCAACAAUGAAACGAACGUCACUCUUAAUAUAUCGGAAACUGUAGACCCCACGCACAUUUUUGGACCGCAACGAGAUUCCUUACUCAUAGUUAUUCCGAUAACAAUAAUAUACGCCCUUACUUUCGUCACAGGGUUGUUUGGAAAUAUAUGUACAUGUAUAGUCAUAACGCGUAACAAAAAUAUGCACACAGCAACAAACUAUUAUUUAUUUAGUUUGGCAAUAUCAGAUUUGCUUUAUUUAGUUAGUGGCAUGCCCCAAGAAAUGUAUUCAAUAUGGUACAAAUGGCCCUAUGUGUUUGGGCAAACCUUCUGUCUGCUCAGAGGUUUAGCUGCCGAAACAUCAACAAAUGCUAGUAUUUUAACAAUAACUCUCUUCACAAUUGAAAGAUAUUUAGCGAUAUGCCACCCAUUCGUUUCACACAAAAUGUCGAAACUCUCACGAGCAAUAAAGCAUGUUAUCUUGUUGUGGAUCAUAUCGUUUGCACUGGCGUUACCCCAGGCGCUUCAAUUUGGCAUAAAAAAUCAUAAAGGCGUCACUAUGUGCCUACAAACAAGGGUGAUUAUUAGGCAUUCCUUCGAAUUGUCUACGAUAUUUUUAUUUAUUGCACCAAUGCUUGUUAUAACAGUCCUUUACUCGCUAAUUGGACUUCGGUUGAAUAAAUCAAAUUUUUCAAAAGGAGUAACGGAGAAGGAAAUACAAAAAAACAAAGGAGUGAUUCAAAAAAUCUCCAGGAAAAAUAGUACACAGUCGACUAGGCGGGUUGUAAAGAUGUUGGUUGCCGUAGUUAUAGGUUUCUUUAUCUGUUGGGCGCCGUUCCACGCACAAAGGCUCGUCGCGAUCUACGGGACAGCCGAGAAUCACUUAGCAAAAUCGUCUCUGCUGCUGUCAGCGUAUCACUUCUUAACAUACACUUCUGGAGUCUUUUACUACGUGUCAACCUGCAUCAACCCCAUAUUUUACCACAUAAUGAGCCACAAAUUCAGAGAAGCGUUUAAGGUUACUAUAGCCCAGUGUUGUUGUCGGGAGACAUCGAGAUCGAUAACGAAGCGUUGUUCAUAUACAGCUGUACCAUUCUCACGACAACCUACAUCAAACGGAACGAUGAACUCUGGUUCCUUAAAACAGCAGCUGAGUAUAAAAGGACUGCAACCAGAAUAUACCUGUACCAAAGAAAACAUUCCAACCUCCCGAGUUUUCAAAGUUUGUGAGAAAUGUAAACGUACAUUCACUGUUCCCUCUCCGCUGGAGCUUAAAAGUUGUAGUCAUAAAGCCCAUAUUGAUACACAAUUCGCUGAUAGUACUUAA